AUUCAUAAUAUUUUCUUGUUAAAAAUGAGCGAAGUUAAACCUUUAAAAGCCGACAGUACUUCUUCAGGAGACGCAACAACUUUAUUUGCUGAUAGCGAGCGAGUGCUCUGCUUCCAUGGACCACUCAUAUACGAGGCGAAAGUGUUAAAGACAAAGCCAGAUGCGACGCCGAUUGAAUAUUACAUACACUAUGCGGGCUGGAGCAAGAACUGGGACGAAUGGGUUCCCGAGAGCCGGGUGCUGAAGUACAAUGACGACAAUGUGAAGCGCCAAAAGGAAUUGGCGCGAGUCUUAGGCGAGCGCUCAAAGAAAGACAACAAAAAGGGCAGUGCCAAGUCAAAAAAAAUGGAACAAAUGGGCAACGAAUCUCGUGCCUCGACCCCAUCCAAAGAGGCGAACACAUCUCUAAAUACUUCAACUGGAGGCGGCGGCGGUGGCAGCGUUAGCGGAGGCCCACCUUCGGGUGCAGUGCCGACUACACCAGGUGGAGGACCAAGUAGUGGACCUGCCAGUGCUCCUACCAAAUAUGACAGUGGCAACAGCAAUAGCACCACGGCAAGCAGCUCAACCAGUCGAAGUAAUCGCAAAUCCACACGCGCUGGCACACCAAGCAGCACCGACAACAACAACCAAAAGAAGGAUGAGGCAGCAGCCGAAACCACAGAGGAUGAGGCAACAACAGCUUCGAAUGUGCCUUCAAAAAAAAAACGGAUGAGCGAGCAGCGGCCUUCAUUAACAGGCAAUGAGCCACAGACGGCAGCGUCAUUAUUACCCACAGAAAAGCCAGCACAAUCCUCCGCUCCAUCGGUUACCGCGGCAGCGGAUUCAACUGUUUCCUCUGAGCCAGCUCCUUGUGUGGAGAGUGAAGAGAUGUAUGCUAACAAGCAGGAGGUCAAAAUCAAAAUUCCCGAUGAACUAAAGCAUUAUCUAACCGAUGACUGGUUCGCUGUGGUCAAGGAGCAUAAACUGCUUGAGCUACCAGCAAAGGUGACAGUGCAGCAGAUAGUCGAACAAUAUUUGGCUCACAAGAAAUCUGUUAAAUCGACAAGUGCCACCAAAGAGGUGGCUAUCAAUGAUGUAAUCGAUGGUAUUGUGGAAUAUUUCAAUGUCAUGCUUGGCUCCCAGUUGCUAUAUAAAUUUGAACGCACUCAGUAUGCAGAUGUAAUGCAAAAGCAUCCGGAUACCCCGUUAGCCGAGAUCUAUGGUUCAUUCCAUUUGCUGCGCCUAUUUGUUCGACUGGGAUCCAUGCUAAGUUAUUCAGCCCUAGAUCAACAGGCCAUGCAAAAUCUUCUUCAGCAUUUGCAGGACUUUCUCAAAUUUUUGGUGAAAAACAGCGCCAUUUACUUUAGUAUGAACAAUUUCAUUAAUGUGGAUCCGGAAUACGUGCGAAAUUCUCAGUAGUAUUUGACCCAGAUUUUUGUCACUUGAAAUAAGUUUUUAAUUAAUGAGAAAUAAAAUAGCACAGACCUAAC